AUGUCGAGAGACAGUCACAGCAAAGCUUCCAAGAUGAAGUUGGGAGGGGACUUGUUCGAUGACAGCCAGAGUGACAGCGGCGUAUCUGCUGACUUCUCCCCUGGUAGUACCGUGGAGCUCCAAACCACCACCUCCACCCUCAACUUGCCUCCGGCCGACGAGACCCCCAUCGAGAGGGAGAUCCGUCGGGCAGUGCAGCGUGAGCAGUCCCUCAGGAGAUCCAGGGGCCUCUACAACAAGCCGCCCACCCAGGAAUAUGUGGACAUCCCCCUAAGGAAGUCAGUCUUGACUGAGACCCUGGCUUCCAAAUUGGACAAGAGCCAGGGGUCGAAGGACCGUCAAUUUGCAGGAAAGAAGAUGCAGAAGGAGAUCAGUGUAGAGACCCAGAGGGAACAGGUCCUGGUUCAACUAGGGAAAGUUAGAGGUUCCUAUGACAAGGGGACAGUACGCCAGCUCAAGGAAAGGAAGAAGUUAUUCGAAGCUUUCCAGGAGCCUAAGGAGACAUCCUCGAUGAAAUUGUCCCAGAGCAAGGCACCCUCCUGGGCUUCGGCGAGUGACCUCUCCACCCUGGAGAUCCAGGGGAACGACUCUUCAUCUGUGUCCUUUGUCGGAGGCUCGUUCGGGGAGAGAAGACGUAGUAGCCUGGAGCUGAUGUCCCAGAACCAGAGCCCCUCUGGAACACCUAAAGGCAUCACCUACACCCCUCAUGGGGCCCCUGUCCCCCGGGGCCCCACUCUCUCCGAGAGCACCGGGGGCCAGAUCAUCAUCCUGGAUAACCACCAUCACCUGGUUCUCCCCGCUCCGGCCCACGUUCACCACGUCUCCAAGCCCCUCAGGCACUCCCACAGUACGGGCACGCUCACCGAGACACAGGGCCUCACCGUGGUCGACUCCGCUUCUAUAUACUCCUCAACCAGUGCACUCAGCGGAGAAGAGAGAAGGGUUUUUGGAGGGAUGAGGAUGGAGGGAGGAUGGAUCAGGAGGAGGAGGAGGAGGAGAAGGUUCCAAAGGAGAACCCCUUCUUCAAGCUGCGCUCCUCAUCGGUGUCUCAGGACAAGGUGGAGCAGGAUAUCCGGGAAGCCAGGGAGAGAGAGAAGGAGCUACAGAGGCAGAGAAGCAGUCUGUACGGGGAGGAGGAGGAGGAGGAGGAGGAGGGGGGAGGCCAGCCAGUAGGGAGGUACAGAGUCCCACUUCUCCUCCACCUCUACUUUUACAGAACGGACUGGUGACCCCUGAACUAUCUGUUACCCCCUCAUCGCGGACAGCCUCUGCAACACCAACAGCGAGACAGUCUCUUGGGAAGCUGGGCAUGUGGCCUCCACCACAGACAGAUGAGUAUCCGGAUUGCCAAUCAGAGGGCCUCCAGAGCCCGCGGACCCCCAGACAGAAGACUCCUCUCCUGCAGCGCUGGGAGUCCGGCCAGGUCAUGAACGGCCAUGGAUGGGAGGAGGAGGACUAAGACAGGCCUUGUGUCAGUUUGUCCUUUUAGAGCAUCAUGAACACGAUUACAUAGACAGGGGGGGGGGACUGACCCUAGAUCAGUACUCCUACUAUGAGACGGUUUAUGAAAACAGGCCCUGAUCUACUGCUGAAAGCUCAGGGGAAGGACGGAAAGAAACCAGAUCAUUGGAAUGAAGAAUUAGAAACAGACAACCAGGGAAGUACAAUAUCUGAAAAUGCACUGGAGAAACAGAGGUUUUGUGAGUUGGAACUCUGGACUGUUGGAACCAUUUGAAUGUCAUAUCAGAACUUUGGAACUGAACUGUAAAUUGGAGCUUUGGAAUGUAGUGGGAGAGAUUGGAACCAAUGGAUGGUCAUUAGAAGAUGUUUUUACCAGAAGAUACUGGCCGAAUCUCUACAGUACGAUUUUUGUGAGGGUUGAAGAAAGUUGAAAUGGGUUACGUUGUAUUGUUUCUGAAGCACAUGACUCAGCAUGGAUUUAUAUGUAUAUGUAUAUAAUGCGCAUUUUGUGACAAAUCUAUUUUGGGAGAAUAUUUCCUUCCCCAUAGUUUCUAUUUACUAUAGAUAAGCCGUUUCUACAGUAUGUAAGUUGACAUUAUGAUAUAAUUAUGUGUAUUUAAUAAGUGAUUAACAAAUGUAAUCUACAUUCAGUCAGCUACCACAAAUCAAGUCAGUCAACAUAGUAAAUACUGCAAAAUCUAAUGUUUGAUACCAUUCUAACAUAAUCACUCAUCAGAGAUAGUGUUUUUAUGCAAGAUGAUUUUUGACACAUACAGUAUCUCUCUGAUUUCCAUAAAGUAGUCAAGAUGAACAAAUACAUACAUCUAAACCCAA